AUGUGCCCGUGCCCCCUGCACCGCGGCCGCGGGCCCCCGGCCGUGUGCGCCUGCCCCGCGGGCCGCCUGGCGCUGCGCUCGGCCGCCGCGCAGCUCACGGCCGCCCGGCUGCAGGCGCUGGGCGACGAGCUGCACCGGCGCACCAUGUGGCGGCGCCGCGCGCGGAGCCGGGGGCCGCGGGCGCCCGGCGCGCCCCCCGCCUUCUGGCCCUGGCUGUGCGCGGCCGCGCAGGUGGCGGCGCUGGCGGCCUGGCUGCUCGGCAGGCGGAGCCUGUAG